GUGUUCGCCGUGCCACCGAGUCACUCCGCCAUCGGUGCCCGCGACGAAUGGACGUGUGAACGAGAGACGUGUGACCGUACGCGGCCUCUUUUUCGAUGAUCUGGGCGGACAAGCGCGACGAGCAGAGUGUCUCUCAGUCAUGUACAGUAAAUCGCGUCGCACAUAGUGCGAUACGGGUGAACGCGUAAUAUCGUGUGUUAUCCAUCUAUCUACUGUAGUGUGUCAAAAGAGAGUGCGCGUGAAAAAGAGAGAGAGAGGGAGAGAAAGUACAACGUGCGAAGACAGAGUGAUAAAGACAAUACGCAUCGAUUAUCCUUUGUGCGAUCCAUUCGUUCAUUCGUUUAUACAUCGCCGCGACGCGACAUGCAGUGCCGGAACUCUUUCGCUUAUCGUGAAGAUUCAUCGGCUGCGGUUCGUGUUACCUGUGUUUGAACGCGAAAGCGUCGGAGAGAGAGACGAGCUUUUCCCUCAUCUCCCUCCACCCUUCCCUUCCCCCCCCCGCUCUCCUCUCCCUCACCCUCUGCACCAAAGGUCUUUGCGACGCAUAGCAGACCCUAUUUUAUACCGUCGAUGCGCGUGACAACGUUCGUGUGAAGCCACAUACACGCAUGUCGACAAUACGUUAGAUGAGACGCUCGAGACGUAUUCGAUCGCAGCCGUAACCGGAUUUCCGCGAAUACAUAUAACGAGUGACGCACGCGGACAAGCAUGGUGUCGUUUGCGAAAUAGCGGCGUUGGUAAUAGCAGGAGAGAGAAAGAGAGAUAAUAGACUCCGCUACUUGUGAAUUGUCAUUGCGCGCGACCGAACGACGCAACACAACGAAACGAGACGAGACGAGACGCGACGAGACGCGACGUGACGUGACGUGCGUGACGUGACGUGACGUGACGUGACAUUGUUUCCUUUUACGACUUGAUCGGCCGGCGGCGUGGAGAUCCACAAAGUAAGAGAGCAACCGUUGUCGUAUCGGUGAUACCCGACACAACCGACGACAAAUUCUCGUGAAAUCGCGGAAGGUGACACGGCGCGUUUGUGCGUUGCAGGAGUAAACGGCCCGACGACCUCGCAACAAGAGGGGGAAAAAGCCCGGCGAGUGUGUCACGGAGAGUUCUUUGCAACGUAAAGUUGAGCGACGAUUAAGAGAUCAACGCUGCCAUCGAUUUUACUGCAUCAUUCGGAUAUGCCAGGAUGCAACUCGAGAUAGAAAAUAGGUGCAAUGUGGAGUCUCGUGGAGCCGGCUUCUACUAUGAGUUGAGGCUUCGUAAUUAAUCGGGACUGGCAUGGAGAAGGAGAACUCCGCAUCGGGCGGGGGCGGUGGAGGCGGCGGGGGUGGCGGGGCUGAAGCGACGACGGCGGCGACUCCGGGCGCCACCUCCACCUCCGAGAAACUCCAAGCGGACCAGGCCAAUCCGUUGCUCGAUCCUACUGCACUCUUCGGCGCAUAUUGGCCCCGAGGCGACAGCGCGGCGUCGUCGCUAUUCGGCGGGAUUCCGGGUGGUUAUGGCUUGGGGGCCCACCAUUUGCCAUCGGCUUACGCUAUUCUGGGCCGGGGGGGCUCUGCGCCUGGUUUCGGGGGUCACACACCAGCCUCGGCACCACCCCCGUCCCCGUAUCCCCACAGUAGCCUUGGUACGCUCAGCGUGGCUGCCAGUCAAGCUGCAAGUUUGGGCAUCAAUCCGGCAGCCAGUGCAUGGUGGACAAUGGCCUCUCAUCUGGCGGCGCAGGACUAUAUCGCGAGGUUACAAGGAGCGGCAGGACUCCCUGGAUUUCCACCCGGUACCGAGAGCCUCCUGCCGCCCUAUCCCGCCUCUCUACUUAAUCCCCCGUCCCUCUCGUCCCACAAGUCCAGUAAGUCUAAGUCAAGCAAGAGUCACAAGACACCAGCUAGCAGUAGUAGCUCAACGACGCCGAGUAUGACGAGCAGCAGUCUGCCUGUGUCCACUCAAGUACCGGUGACAUCCUCUCAUCAUAGCACCCCAGUCAGCAGUACGCCAAAUUCGCAAACGAAUGUCGUCAGUUCCGCGAAGGAAGGAAGUGAUCCUAGCAGUAUAUUGGGAGGUGUGCGUCUACCUCCCGAUACGGAGAUUAUCAAAUACACGUCGAGUAUAGUCGGCCCGAAAGUUCCUGGGACGACAAACCGCGGCAGGAAGAAGACAAUAUCCUUGGACACUCCCAGCGUCAGCGUACAUCCGCCGCCCGUCCCUGCUCUUAGCGCGCAUCAGACAAACACCACGUCAUCCUCAUCGCUGAUGCUGGAACCGAGGAAAUAUAAUCGCACAGGGACCGACUCGAACGAGUACAGAGAUUCGGUGGAUCGAGUAGAAGUGAUCAAACUACCGGCUCAUUCGACUAAUGGCUCCGUUCUGUCGGCACCUCCGACGUACACUAGUAGUAGCAGCAGCAGCAGCAGUAGCAGCAACGCUAACAACAAUGUCAAUGAUUCGGACGCGCCCCUAAAUCUCUCUCUGAAACCCGCCACGACGAGCAAUAGUUCGCCGAUUUCUUGUAGUCAGCCGCUCAGUCAGCUCAGUAAUUUAAGCCAGUCAUUACUUGCUUCCGAUCGAACAUCGAGACGAAAACCUGGACCCAAGCCGAGAAGAGUGCCGCAGAAUUCGGUGCCGGUCCCGGCAUCGCCUAGUCCCUCCUUAGCGCAAUUCUUCGCCGCUGCGGAUUCGCCACAACGACCGAGUAGCGGUAGCGAGGAAAGUGAGAGCGCGAGCACUGCCACCCAUCACAAGGACGGUAGGCCGCGAAAUCUCGGCCGCGGUGUGUCGAAGCCUAAGAAAAACACAGUAGCGUCGCUGCUGGCUCAGAGCAGAGCUUUAGGGAUAAAACCUACUCCGACUUUGGAUCCAAGUGUGCCAUUGUCUCACCAAGUGUCGUUGCUGAAAACGAAUAUACUGGCGCAUCAGAUGCACGCUUCUGCUAGCCAAAAUGAUGACAAACACCAGUACUAUCACUUGCUAACGAAGAUACAGAAGAAGAAGCGACCUCGACCAAUUCGUGCUUCGUGGGCGAGAAGCCAUGAAAAAAUGAAAAACAAGUUACUGGAGGUCUCGGGAGAGGAGAGUAAUAUGGACGUGACCAGCGAGAGCGGCAGUAACACCGAUGUCGUUACGGAUACCGAUGACGAUAAUGCGGAAGGUACACCUAGCGCGAAGAGGAGAAAGCUCAGGCCCAGCGAGAGAGAUCUUCAAAUGCCGCUGGAGCGCGGCUGGAAGCGUGAAACGGUUAUCAAGGGGCUGGGGAAGACGGGAGUAAUAAAAGGCGACGUGUCAUAUUACAGUCCCUGCGGGAAAACUUUUAGGAGCAGUCCCGAUCUAGUGAAGUUUCUGGAGCAUCAGAAUCCUGCCGAGUUAACGACCGCCAAUUUCUCGUUCUCCUCCCGUCCAUUGGUCGGAGAAUUCCUGCAGCCAACGAUGGGUCUGGCGGAGGCUGAAUUCGUCAGACUCGGCGCCCAAGAAGUAGCGAGGAGAUUAGAGGAGCUGAAAGUGGCUAGUAGCUUCAGAGACGGACGAACGAAUAAUCAGUACGAGAGAGACAAGCUAGCUUAUGCGAAGAAGGUUGCGAAGGAAGAAGCAUUACGGCACAAGGAACAAAUUAGGCUUAUUAAAGAGCAGGAGAAGACGGAACGACAGGAAGCCGUGAGACGGGAACGGGAGAUCAGAACUCAGCAGCUGCUCGAGGGUCGAAAGCGGCUCGCGUUCACGAUCAAGCAGAAAAUGAAGAUCAUCCAAGAGAUCGAGCGCGGCAAAAGCAAGAGCGAUGUGGCUCGCGAGUUGGGUCUUGCGAGCAGUACGGUCGCCACCAUCUGGAAGAAUCGCGAGAGCAUCGCCGAGAGCUGGCGUAACCGGGACAUGAUGCAGCAGUCGGACGUCGAGGAUGUGCCGUCGAAGAAGCCGCCGCCGCCGCCGCCGCCGCCGUCCAUGUCGUCGUCCCUUGCGUCGUCGACGACGCUCUGCACGCCGGCGGCGUUGACGAUGACGACGACGACGACGGCGAUUACGACGACGCCGUCUCCGUCGGCCUCUGGCGUGGUCGUGGUGCCGCCGCAGGUACAGGUGGUACCGCCAGUAGUGCUGCCGCCGCCCCCGCCACCUUACCCCACCUUGACCCUACCGCCGGCGUCGGCGGGCUUGACAUCGUCCACGCAGCCGACAGUGUCGCUCACCUCCUCGUUGAACCCGUCAUCUAUGACCACGUCGACCGGCACGACAACCACGAUCAAUGUGCCACCGGACAAUAUCCAGCAGGCACAGACCCAGACGACGCAGAAUCAGGAACUUCUGGAGGCGCGGAAAAAACGGCAGGAAGAGGUGGAGAAGAUGCGACUGGAAGAACAACAAAGGAAGCAACAGGAACGAGAGCUAAAACGGCAGCAAGCGGUCAUGCUGAAGGAACAGAUGUACAUGCAGGAGCUCACCAAGCAGCGCGAGAUGCUCUACACCGUCGAGCUGGAGAGGGAAAGAAGAAGGCAACACAUGGCUUUGGUACGAGCACUGGAGAAUCGUCGAAAGAUGGAGGAAAGGGAGAAGAAACGGCUGGAAGCCAGGGCUGAAAGAAUAGCGACGAAGGAGAAACGGGCGGAGCAGAGGAGAAUCGAGAUGGAAUUGAUCGAACAAAUUCGCAAGCCCGUCGAGGAUAUGGAGCUGACAGAUCACAGAUCACUGCCAGAACUCAAGAGAAUACCUGGACUUAAGCUGCCCGGACAAGCGUUCGCGGACAUCGUCAUGGUCUUCGAAUUUCUACAUAAUUUCGGGGAGACUUUGGGAUUUGAUAUGGACUCGCUACCAAGUCUUAAGAGUCUUCAACUCGCUCUUCUCAAUGAUGAAGAAGCGGAGGAGGAAAUGUUGUCGGUUAUGACACAUCUGUUGGUGUGCGCUAUUGAAGAUCCAGGAAUCCCGCAACCGGCCAGACACACCACAGGCUUGGGUCAAAGUUUACGUCAAGCUGACAUCACUCAUGCCAAUAUCAGCGAGGUUCUGCGAAUUUAUUUGUACGCGAACGCAACCGGCGAGGUGAAGGCUUUGACGGGGGUGUGCCUUGAACGUGAACGCGACAAAAAGUUUGCCGAUCAUCAUCAGAACGGCGGCGACUACGCUUCAACCUGCUCGGGAAAGAACGCACAGUUCUAUGAGCAUCUACAUAACAACGAAACAUGGAGGAUGUCGGAAAGAUUACGGGAUAAGCCUUUUCUAGCGUUGAACCCGACGCAUAAAGCGCAAAUGCUCGCUUUUCUCUGUAACGAGCUGCUGCAAAAUAAGGCUGUGAUCAGACAGAUAGAAGGUAGCCUAGAGACGGUGGCUCAGCUGAGAAAGGAGAGAUUCGUAUUGGAUACUAAGAUUAGAAAACUUAGACAAUUACAUGGUCGAAAAGUUCGGAUGGAGGCUGUGGGUGUGAUCGUGAAUAAGAUUGGCGACACAAUCACUAUUGAGAAAAAGGAAGGCGAGGAAGAAAAUAAUACCACAUCAACUGCUGUAGGUACGACGCCUACGCCGGACGAGAUUCACCACGAGGAUGAAGUAGAAGACAUGUCCGAAAAUGAGAGCGAAGGCACUCAACCGGAAGAGGAGGAAGAUAAAAAUCUGUCUGGUGAAGAAUUGGGUAAGAAAUUGGAUAAACUAUUGAAGCAAUCGGAGGAACAAUUGCAAAAGUUGAAUAGUUCGUCGAAGCAACUCCGGGCGCAUAUCUUUGGUCAAGACAGGUAUUGGAGGAGAUAUUGGGAGUUGGCAUCCGCCGGCGGCAUCUUUGUGGAAGCUAUGGAGAGCGCUGAACCGGAAAUUCUCGAACUCCAAGCAGAGCUAGACGAAAAAUACAAAAAUAUGCCAGUGGAAGAAAAAGCCGAGGAGAAAUCAGAAAGCGAAAGCAAGAAUUGUGAAAAUCGCGAGAAUGAAGCGCCGAACGAAGUCAAAGAUGAAAAGAAGUUCAAUUUGAACGAACAGGAUGUAGAUAUGAAAUUCCAUGGUGGCGAUAAAGUGAAAUCCGAAGUGAACGAAAUCAAUUAUAAAAAGGAACCUAUGCAAAACUGUGGUUCGGGGAAUUCCGAAAAUGUGGAAGAGGAGAAAAGGAAUAGAAACAACGAUGUUGAUAGUACGAUGACAGAUGCAAAGACGAAUGUCACGUCCGAGGAAAUAAAGCAGGAGACGGAGGUGAUCAGUAUGGAUAUCGAUAUGAAAACCGAAAAAAUAAAGAAGGAGAAUGAGGAGAUGGACGAAGAUACGAAACCUCUAGUAAAAACAAUGGAAGACAAAAUCGUUGAGACGAUACCAAAUGGUGACAAGUUCAACCACAUCAAUAAUUUGCACAACGGGAAAGAACUCAAUGGCUCCUUCAUUUCUAUUAUGUCGAUUAUUUCAGACAGCAGCAAUACCGAGCCUAAUUGGUUUUCCAUCUUACCGCGAGAAACGUGUGAUACCCCGGGACCUAGCACUAAGCAAAUAUUUGGCAUAGCCGAGCCGACCGAGUUGAGAAUUCCCGUAUUCCCGCCGCCAGCCAGUCCCAAUUACGAUAGAUGCGACAGUCCAGCGCCCCUGAUUUUGACUCAAGAUGAGGCAGUGCAAUUGGAAUAUUUGAAAGUUCAUGGUUUACCGCCUCCUGGUGAAGCCAAACCGGUACCGAAAGAUCUGAGAUAUGGCUGGUGGAGAAUAACAGACGUUGACACGUUCCAAGAACUCCUUGAGCAUCUACAUUCACGCGGCGUCCGUGAGAAGGAAUUGAAGCGCACAACAUGGGCAACAAUGGAAUCUUUCCUGGCCGUAACAGGUAAAAUUAAUGUCGAUCCUGGUAACACUGUCGCAACGGAACUUCAAGCGGAACCAGAUGAUCCCGAUACGCCAAUUCCGAAGCCUGAUAAUCCGAGCGACUGGAGCGAACAGGUUGCUCUGCGCGUAGAUGCCCAGCUCUUGGAACAGGUGGAAGCUCUUGAAGACAAAGUAGCUAAUGCUAGCAUGCAAGUCAAAGGCUGGAAGCUUCCACCGCGAGCGGGAACCGAGGAAGCCGAGGAAAUCGAAAAGUUGAAUGAGAUGGAGAAGAUUAGCGCAGUCGAGCAAGCACGACAAAGGUUACUUUCCUUGGAGGCGGCUAUAGAAAGAAGAUACUUGAAACCACCUUUAGGCGUUUGUACUGGAGAUCCCAACCUGGCGGCUCUUAAGGCGGAACAGGCGGCGGCCGCCAACGCAAACAAUUCGAAUAAUUCGGAGCAGAAUAACCAGGCACCCGCACCGCCGGAGGAAACGACACCACGGGGUCUGAAUACUUGGCGAGAGGCAACCGCGCGUGCUCAUACAUCGGCGCAACUCGCUAUGGCGCUUUACAUGCUUGAGGCCAGCAUCGCUUGGGACAAGAGCAUCAUGAAGGCUGUGAGUCUAACAACAGCUAGAAACUCGGUCUGCGCCAAGCUACGAAACCGCUGCGUCUCACUCAAAGCUACCAAUCAGUACAAACAGCUAUUGACUACUUCUCAGACCUCUAAUUGCCAGUUUUGUCAUAGUGGAGACAACGAAGAUAAGUUGCUGCUCUGUGAUGGCUGUGAUCGUGGCUAUCAUACUUAUUGUUUCCGUCCAAAAAUGGAAAACAUUCCUGAUGGUGACUGGUAUUGUCACGAGUGUAUGAACAAAGCGACAGGUGAACGCAAUUGUUUAGUAUGCGGGAAAAGAGCGGGUAAAAACUUGGUUUUAUGUGAACUUUGUCCAAGGGCUUAUCACACUGACUGCCACAAUCCUGUCAUGCCAAAAAUGCCACGAGGAAAAUGGUAUUGCUCUAAUUGCCACAGUAAACAACCAAAGAAGAGAAAUAGUAGUCGAAGGAGUCAUACCAAAGGGGGAGGCACCAGAGAAAGUGAAAGUUCUGAUCAUCCACCAGCUAGUCCAACGCCGUCAACGGCAUCGAACACGCACGUAGAGGACGUCAGUUCGUCGGAACCGGCGACUCCUACCGCUUCGCCACGGAAGGAGGGUAACAAUCGGACGCUCACGAAGAAGCAACAACGAGAGCUGGCGCCUUGUAAGAUACUCCUCGAACAGUUGGAGCAGCAGGACGAGGCCUGGCCAUUCCUCCUGCCGGUAAACACCAAACAGUUCCCGACCUACAAGAAAAUCAUAAAAACCCCCAUGGAUCUCAGUACGAUUAAGAAGAAAUUGCAGGAUUCUGCGUACAAGUCUCGUGAUGAGUUUUGCGCCGAUGUCAGGCAGAUGUUCAUCAACUGCGAGGUAUUCAACGAGGACGACAGUCCUGUGGGCAAGGCCGGCCACGGGAUGCGCAGUUUCUUCGAAAUGCGCUGGACCGAGAUCACCGGCGCGCCGCCCCCGCAUCCGCAAACGCAUAGCUGAGGCUCGGUACGUUCGCGCAAUACUUGCAACAGCUUUGCCCACUUCUACUACUAGGAUAUGCACCGCAUCAUCGCGCGAUAAAUCGACGUCGUUGUCGUCGUCAUCGAAAGAGACUGAUCCUCUCUACUUCCGAGCUGUUUUAUUAGUCGGCCUCGUUCUAGCGGCCGAUCAAAUUUUUCAUUGUAAUAAUAAUCGCUACGAAUGCUGGAUACACUCGCCUAUCGUAUCAUUCAUUCUCCGCUAUAUGCAUUCUGACACGAGUAUGUCCCUGUAUUUUAUUUUCCUUUUAGCACCAUAAUGGCGUAAUUUCGCCAAACUUAUUCAUUGUAAAGUAUUAUAUGUGAAACAUUCUUAGCCGAUCGGACAUUCGGCUCCGGUUUAACAAAUCCUGGUAAGGGAAAGUGCGAGGGAAAGCUUCGCAUUCUUUGGUCGAGAUCUUAAUCUGCGAUAAACGAGAGAACUUCUCGACACUAGACGUGAUUAAUCGGAUAAGAGCGCAUCGUUUCGAUUCCUGCCGAUUGGGAUGAAGCAAUGCGAAUGGUCAUUGUACUUACCGAUAAACAAUUGAACAUUUUGCCUAAGCGACUAAAAUGUAAUUUGCGAUUGUAUUAUACAGGCUUAAAUGCCGACGCGUCGUUGGCAAAAGAAAUAUUUUGCAAAGUAAUAAGUGUGAAAAAGAAAGAGAGAGGUUAUAUAAAUAUAUAUAUAUGAAUAUAUAAAUAUGAAUAUAGUGUGUAUAUGUAUACACAGAAUAUAUAUACACGUCACACAUACAUGCAUACACUCACACAUCACCUUUGCCCACAAAUGAGCACAUAAGAUAAGAGUAUUAUUUGCUGUAGAAAUAUAUAAAACAAUGGGCACGAAAUCGACGUUUGGAUUAAAGAAAAUCUUAACACCGUUUCGCAGAACCAUUUUGAUUUCUGCGUUCUUUGCAUUUGGCAUCGGAUUUUAUCAAUCUAGGAAUGUAUAUUAUGAAAAAAAACAAAAAAACGCAUGAAGUACGCAGAGCGAAACUUGUACAAUGACAAAAAGAAAGAAAAUUUUUAUAUUUUCACGCAUCAGUAUUUUAAAACAAGAACAUAGUCUCUAUUCUAUGAAUGUUAUAUUGAUUCGCAGAUCCAUCAAAUUAAUAGACAAAAUUGUCUAUUAUAAUUAUAAUUAUCGUUUUAGUGUGAGAAAAGUGUGUGUGUUCAACGAUUUAUAUUUUAAUGUAUUAGUCAACAAUUAAUAAUAGGAAUGAGAAACGUGUUGAGCCUUGCGUACUUGCGCUAUGUGAAUGAUCUAUCAAAAAUGUUAUUGUCAUUUGUAGAAAAAUGUGAAGUCUGUUUAGAAUUUUCCGUUUGCUUAAUUUUAUGUAAUAUAAAGAUUUUGUUUUGAAUAAUAUAUAUAUAUAUGAGCAAAUAUAAAAUUUUCCACUGCCGUUGAAGAGAUUCACAUCACAUUAAUAUUGUGUUAACAAAUAUUUAUUAAGUAAAUAUGAGAGAGAUAUCACUUCAUUUGAUACGCAGAAAUAUUGUUUGUUAUCCAUGGGAAAGUUGUAACGUCCAAGGCUUCCCAUUUUUCAUUCAUCGAGUAUCGUAAAGUGGUGAUGUAAACCCGGAUCAGCACACAUAUACACAGACACAAAAUUAGACAUUCAGGGAUGAUAUUAUCGAAAAUUAUUGUUCAAUUGUUAAAUUAGUUGGCGCAUCCCCGAAAAUACGAUCAGCAUGAAAAAUUCUUCGGAUGUAACGCAGUAAAAAGUGCAUUGCAUGAUGAACGCCUUCAAGAAAAUGAAUUUCUUCGAGAGUAAUGAAUGUGAUUGUGUUUUGAUUGUCAUUGAGAAAUUAGAUUUAUAUUCGCCACGCGAUGCGUAGUAUUAUUAUAAUAAGAAUUAUCGCAAUUUUGAUCGCGCCAAGUCCAACGAUUAAAUCUUACACACUAAUUCUCUCCCGUUUGUGCGGAGUUUUCUAAGGGCGACGAUUGGCGUCGAACAUCUUUCAAAGCGAAAUAUCUUCGAAGCGUUAUUACAGAAUAAAAACGAAGAGAUAUUAUUGCGCUGCGAACGAUAGAUGUGUCAGAUAUUAGUGAGAAUUUCUUCGAUUAUAAUCAACCGUACCUUUGUAAGUAUGACCAUUUUACGCGAGACGGUGUCUAUGAUGUAACGAAAACAUUCACACUGUAUCUUGUUUUGUAUGUAAUUGAUGUACAUUAUUGCUCGUAAUAGCGAAUAGUUGGUAAAUAAAUAAUGAGAGAAAAUGGGAGGGAGGGAGAGUUCAAUCGUAGUGUGACGUGCUAAAUGAUUACUGUUUAAAGGAAAAAAAAAACACUCGUAGUGUGUAAAAGUAUUAAUUAAAGUAUAAACGGCAAAAGAGAGAGACUACAAAAUAAAAGAUAAUUGGUAUCGUUCAGGGUGCGACUGAAACAGCGACGUCUCAUCGUAAUUGAGAAAUGAACAUACGGUAAGAUCAUUGACGGGAUUGCGUAAUGACUACGAAUUUUUUGUUACAUCCUAAUGUCGGAAAAUAGUUUUUCAAUUUUACCUAUAAAGAUUUGUUUAUUGUAUGUAGUCUCGCAAAAAGAUGAAAUUUUAAAGGACCUUAUGAUUUCAGGAACUUACAAAUUGUCAAUAUGAUAAUGAUCAUUCCAUAUUAUUAAUGUUACACACUGUGUCGGAUUUCAAGAUCUAUCGUGAUAUUCAGUAUUAUUAAUCUGCGAAAAUAAUAGCAAAAAAUUCUAUUCUAUUUUCUUUUUAUUUUUAUUGUGAUUUCUCUCAUUUGUCAGUUUUCAAAGAUGUGGUAAAGAUUCUGCUGGUCACGUAAUUUCAGUCUAUGUAGAAAUAGUAAUAAAAAUGUUUAUUAUCCUUUGUAAUAGAGAUAAGACCGAUCGUAAUCAGAGAGAGUUCGUGUAUAUACAUUUACCAAUGUAAAAAAAAUUGAGAGUGCAGAUUAUAUAUGGGGCAUUUUGUCGAUCUUACCGAUUGUUCUUACAAAAGAGACACGCCGUGCCGCGCCUUGCAUUGUCAUACAGUAGCCGAUAUGUUUAGACAUCUCAUACAUUCAAACGACAAACUGAUACAACAAAAAUAAUUUUUUAAAAUUUAAUUAUUAUUUAAAUAGUAAACAGUUACAUUGUUAGUACAUAUAACGACGCUUUUUAUACGAAUUUUAGUUUUUAAACGUCGAUCUUACUAUAUAUAGUAUAUACUAUAUAUACUACAUAUACUAUAUAUAUAUAUAUAUAUAUAUAUAUAUAUAUAUAUAUAUAUGUAUGUAUGUAUAUAUAGUAUAUAAAUCAGAUAGACAAAAAUAUCUGAUAAAAUCAGAGAGACAAUGGUAAUAGUAAUAAUAACUGAUAUCGAUUAUAAUGGAGCGGAUAAAGAAACGAAGGAAAUACAUGAAAGGAGAGAAAGAGAACGAGAAUGAAAGAAAAAGAGAGAAAGGCAAAUGAAAAUGUAUGUAUGCGAGUGAAAAUGAGAGAGAGAGAUUUAAACUAGAUGAUUGUCUAUAGUAUAUACGAAGGCAUACGUUAGGUAACCUCGAUGCUAUUUAAACAGACUUAAUUAAUGUAUUGCAAAUGAAUUAAUAAAGUGUAAGCGAAGCGUGUAUCUGUA